AUGCAGCUUCCUGUCAGCGGACCUCCGCAUGCCGGAACUCCGGCCACCGUCUACCAUGGACCCCCGCCGAACGUCAUGGUACAACCGGGUGGUCCGACUCCGCCGAUGCUGUCCGCUCCGGUGCAGACGCCCCCGCAUCUGUCGCAUCAGGGACCGCCUCAUCCUCACGUGACGAUGCACAUGCCCUUGGAACACGUUGUUAGAUGCGACGUGUAUGUGGAUAUCCUCUUGCCUCCGACGGUAAGCCUAGCUGUCAUUUCUUUGCAGCAGGUGGCGGAAAGAAUCCUGGUCUCUUGCCUGAAUAUGACUGUCGUCUAUGCUCUUAAAAAUCUGUUGUGUGACAGCGAUAAAACCGAUUUCUAUGACUGGUUGCGUCGGUUGUUGGCGCUUUGUCCCGUCGUGGUGUCACAAUUAGUACAGGCUCGAGAGCUGCUCAUAGUCGUCUCUGCAGUCAAUCGGAGCUACAGGCCGAGCAGAAGAUCUUGGCUGGAGGGAUAA